AUGAUCGAAUCCGGGAAGCUCGACGACGCCAGGAAAUUCCACGCCAGGAUGAGAAGUGGGGGGGUUCUAUUUGGAGCCGUCCUCGAGUCUGUUCUGAUCAAUGCGCUCAUGAGAUCUGGCCGGAGUUCUGAGGCUUUCCUGGUUUUUGGGGGGAUGAAUGACAGAAAUGUGGUCACCUGGACUUCGAUGAUUUCGGGGUGCGUCCACAACGGCCGGCCGGAGAUGGCCUUCCCACUUCUGGUGGAAAUGAUGGAAUCCGGAGUACCUCCCAACGAUUUCUCCUUCAAUUCCACCCUGCAGGCUUGCGCGGCCAUGAGCGCGCUCGGCCAGGGAAUGCAGGUCCACUCACUCGUCAUCCGAUCGGGGCUAGAAGACGAUACCAGGAUCGGGAACUGCCUGAUCGAUUUCUACUCGCGAUGCGGAUCCGUUGACGAACCCGUUCUCGUCUUCGAUUCGAUUCCAGAUCCGGAUGUGGUCAGCUUCACUUCCUUGAUCUCUGGUUUCUGCAAGAACAGGCUCUUCGACUCGGCCGCUGGGGCGUUCGUUGAUCUUAUCAGAUGCGGCGUCAAUCCUAAUGAGCACACAAUUGCGACCAUUCUGAUGGCCUGUCAUCACCUCCUGGGGAAGCAGAUCCAUGGAUACAUGAUCAAAGCCGGGGUCCAGCGGAAUCUCUACGCUUCAUCCGCCUUGAUCGAGUUCUACUCGAGGAAUGAUUGUUACAGCGAGGCGUGGGAGGUUUUCUCCAAAUUGGAAGAAACCAAGAGCGUCGUCACCUGGAGCUCGAUGAUCUCCUGCUGCCUCCGGGACGGGCGAGAAGAAGACGCCCUUCGGGUGUUCUACGAGAUGAUCUCCUCAGAAACCCAGCCUAACGAAUACACCUUCGCGACCCUCAUCGGAGCCUGCGGGAACCAUACCGAUCUCCUCCCCCUCGGCCGUCAGCUCCAUGGCUCCACCAUCAAGCUGGGAUUCUCAUCAGACAGCCGGAUCUGCAACGCCCUGAUCACCAUGUACGCCAGGAACAGCGCGAUCAAGGACUCGGAGACGCUCUUCGACAAGUCUGCAACCCCCGACGUCGUCUCCUGGUCCGGGGUGAUCUCCGGCUACUUCCAAAACGGCUUCCCCGAGAGAUCAGUGAGCUUCCUCUGCCGCAUGCAUCGGAGAGGCCUCACGCCGAAUGAGUACGGAUUCUCCUCCGCCAUCAGCUCCUGCGGGAACCUCUCCCUGCUGGAUCAGGGCCGGCAGCUCCACUCCCUGGCCUUGAAGACCGGCUGCGACCUGAAUCUCUGCGUGGGCAACGCCCUGAUCAGCAUGUACUCCAAGUGCGGCUGCGUGGAUGCGGCGAAAUCGGCAUUCGACGCCAUGGCGGCCCGCGACACGGCCUCCUGGAACUCGCUCAUCCAUGGCUACGCCCAUGCCGGGCGCGGCACGGAGGCCCUGCAGGUGUUCGACGAAAUGCGUAACCCCGCCGUGCCGGACGGCACCACCUUCGUGGCGGUGCUCUCGGCGUGCAGCCACGCGGGGCACGCGGACCGAGCCCUCGAGCACCUAAAAACCAUGCAGCGGCGGCACGGCGUGGCACCGUCGGCGGCCCACUACGCGUGCGCCGUCGACGCGCUGGGCCGCUCCGGGAAGCUGCUCGAGGCGGCGCGCGUCAUCGGCGAGAUGCCCUUCGAGGCGGACUGCCUGGCGUGGAAGACGCUGCUGGCAGCAUGCCGGCGGCACGGGAGCGUGGAGCUCGGGGAGCUCGCCGCGAGGAGGGUCAUGGAGAUGGAGCCGAAGGACUCGGCGAGCUACGUGCUGCUGUCUAACCUGCACGCGGCGAGGGGGGAAUGGGAGGAGGUAAGGAGGAUGAGGAGGAUGAUGGAGGAUAGAGGGGUGAGGAAGGAGGCGGCGUGGAGCUGGAUCGAGGUGGGUAACCAGGUCCACGCCUUCGUCUCCACGGACAAGUCCCAUCCCAGCACGGAAGUUAUUUAUAGGAGGUUGGAGGAGCUCAACGCGCAGAUGAGAGAGGAAGGGUACGCGCCUGCUCUGGUCCCUUCGGCCUACGAGUGGUGA